AUGAAAAUAUCUUCAAAAAUUACAUUUUCAUCUGAAGAUGAUAAAACGCUUGCAGAACUUGUAGGAUACCACCCUUGUCUGUAUGAUUUAAAACACACUUUAUAUAAGGACCAAACAGUAAGGGAAAAUGUGUGGAAACAAAUUUCAAAUGAAGUGAACAAGCCAGUUGAUGAUUGUAAAAAGCGCUGGAAAAAAAUUAAGGACACAUACAAUAAAAAAAGGAGAGGUAGAAAGUUGGGUACUGGGUCUGCUACGAAAGAAAAACCAUCAAAAUGGAUUCUUGAGGAUGCUUUAUCUUUUAUGGAUACAGCAAUAUAUGAGAGACAGAGCGUAACAAAUGUAUCCCACGAAGGAGAUGAAAUUGAGGAAUAUCACAUAAGUUCAAAUGAUAAUAGUGUUAUCACACAAAUGGAGCCUGAAAUUGAAAAUGUAUCAUCAGUUUUAACUUUUGAGCCAAUAGCGGUAGCAGAGAAGUCGGAGAAAGAAUCAACUAGUCAAAAACGAUAA